GGCCCCCCCGUGGUCAUGGCAGCAUGUUUUGGUUCUCUUGGGGGCUCUGCAGAACUGUAAUAAGAAUCCCACACCGAAUUCCCUUCUCAACUUGAAAUCUUCAGAGCGAAAGCUAGAAUCUAAUCUUCCCUCUUCUCCAGCCCCUCUGUGGCCUCAUGUUCUGAACUGUGUAGAUCCACAGGAUGGUCAAGGGCCCAGAGAGUUAACCCUUUGCACUCGCUUGCUUUUUUCUCGAUUCCUUUAUUCUACUCGGGAUUUAAUUUUUUAAAUACCCCAGAUUUUACAAAGCGCGGCAGUAGAAUAAAAAACUGGAGUUUCUUUUCAUACAAACUUAUUUAUUUGGAUUUUUUUAUAUUUCAAAUUAUUGAUACAUUCAAUACAACUCGACAUACGAGCUGCUACCAAUGCUAACCGUGUCGAGUCACACUCGACAUCCGAGUGCAAAAGGUUAAAAGAGCUUGGCUUCCCACCCUCACAGUCUGUCACGGCUGUGGCCCACAGCCCUGAAAGAUGGGCGUGUGCCCCACCAAACGCUGGCUACACUAGUAAGGCCUCUACCCCAAAAGGGGGAAAAGGAAAAUCAUUAAUCUUCCAUAAUAAACCAAUACUGAUCUCCAUAGCUUUUAACAAGAAUACUCGUAACGUAAACCCAAUGAAUGGACAUUUAAUCAGCAAAUGGUCAAAUGCUACCUCAUUUGAGAUGUAUUUUUCCCCAGGGGCUGAGGUCCUGUGCAGGUUGGGUCUGGGAAAGCCCCAAGCCAUCAAUUUAGGUCUGGCCAACCUCCCAGGCUUCUUCCGAUGGCCAGAUGUGAAGGUGGUGGGUUUCCUUCGACUCCUGGAUUAACCAAAGGGAAGACCUUUCCACCAGUCAUCAGGGCAAGGCCUGGGGCAGGGAGGCAGAGAUUUCCCUGACUAGCUCCUAGCCUUGCUUCUCGUUCCAGUUUCUCCUGACCCAUUCUUGGGCGAGUGCCAGUGUUCUAGAAAGGGGAGAGAGGGCCAGGUUCUAGAAUGGUUUUUCCUCGAGAUCACAUUGGAAGGGCAUCUUGUCACAUGAGGAGGGCAUCCUGUACACCGGCCGGGAAUAAAUUGCCUUGGCUUUGGCCGCUUCCCCUGCAGAUUGUUGCUUCUUUUCUUGGCUGCUUCAUCCUUUCCUCCAGCAGUGAAUUCUAGCAGCCUCAUAGGUCUUUGGUGCCUUGGUUUCCCCCCUUCUGGCCCUCCCCCCCGCUUCAGGCAUGAACCUGUCCCACAUCAUUGUGCUCCUGUGGGCAUGGGGGAGCCUCCGGGCCUUUGAAAUUGUGGAGAAGGAGAACAUUUUUCAGAGGACCCCCUGCCCUGCUUUCCUGAUGUUCGAUAAUGCAGCCUACCUGGCCGACAUGAGCUUCGAGCUGCCCUGCCACUGUAAGCCCGAGGAGGUGUCCGCUGUCGUCUGGUACUAUCAAGAGCGCCUGGGCAGCAGCCACACCAAGGUGCUGACGGACUUUGACGGGCAGGUGCUGACGGCGGCGUCCCACAUACGGGUGGGCAGUGACCUGCUGGUCCGCUUCAGCAUCCGCAUGUUCAGCCUGCUGGUCUUCCGGGCCCAGCCUGAGGACUCGGGCCUGUAUUUCUGCGGCACCCGCAAGGGGGACUACUUCUAUGCCUACGAUGUGGACAUCCAGAGCAGCGAGGGGAUGGUGGCCGCCUUCAAGGACCUGGGCCAGGAGCCCUUUGCAGACGAGUACCGUGGGAGCCUCCAUGUCUUCACCACCUUCUGGGAGUGGACCCCCUGUGACCGCUGCGGGGUCCGAGGGGAGCAGUGGCGCAUCGGCCUCUGCUAUCUGCAGAGUCCAGACCUCUCCCCGCGCUACCGCAAGACAAUGCCGGACGUGGUGUCCUGUGGCUCCCGGGCUGUGCCAAGGAAGCUUCAGGCCAAGGCCAGGGGCCACACCCCCGAGCUGCUGGUUCAGAGCUGCAUGGUGCCCUGCAGGAAUACCACGAAGAUCCGGGGGAAGCUGAUGGCCAUUUUAAACUAUGUGUCCAAAGUGGGCAGACGGCCCUGGCUGCCCCAGGUGCCCAUUCAGUACCACCAGCAGAGGCUGAGUCACGGGCUCAUCAUCUCCUGUCCCGGGGCCCGGCCGGAGCAGGCCGUGGCCUGGGACAAGGACCGCCAGCACCUGUACCGCACCCAGUACUUGAAGGGCACCAACAGGUCCAUGAGGGUGUUCAUCGACCAUGGCAACCAUCUCCACAUCCGCUUCACUCAGCUGGACGACAGGGGCAUCUACUAUUGCUGGCGGCAGGGCGAGCGGGUGGCUGGGUUCCGGCUGGGCGUGGCCUCUCAAGGGCGCUACAAGGUCUCAUUCUCAGACCCCGAGGUCCGCUCCGCCUUGGAACUCACCCUGAUAGGGUACCUGCUCAUCACCGCAGUCUUCGUCACCGUUUGCCUUUGUCGUUGCUGCUGUUACGUAUUUCGCUGUUUUCCCAGCUUUUCUCACUAGGUUCUCUCUCCACCCUCUCUGAAGACCAGUGGCGUCCAAUGUGUUUGUUAAAUGAUUCCAGAUGCUUCUGGGUGGGCACCCUGGGCUGGGACGUGUGGCAAGGGAGUGGGAACAAGUUGGUUAGUUAGUACAUCCUGCUCCCUGUUUUCGUGGGCACAUCUGGGACCUGAUCUGGGAAGUGGAGACGCCUGGGGCAGGUGGGACAUGGGGACGGAGGCUAUGGUGGAAGUAGCCGAGGUGCACAUGUCUUCUAACUUCGUCAGGUCAGAGAAGGAGGAAGGGAACCUCAUAUUUAUUAAAUGGCCUAUUCAGU